AUGCCAGAUAAUCCAAGCGUUGAUGCUGCCAGUCAGUCUAAUGUUACAUUGUCAAUAGACGAAAGAAAACCGAUAGUUGCUUCUGGUGCAUCUGCUCGUUAUCUUUUAGACUCUGCUGAUGGGCGCCAAGCUCUUUUAAAUGAUCUACUUGAAUUGAAUGCGUUUCUUCAACGUUUUCAGGAGGAUUUACUCGAACGAUUAGAUAAUGAAAGUGAAAAUCAGCUCAGCAGAACUGGACGUAAUGUGUUCAAACCUUCCGGCGGUGUUCGUUGUGAUACUAUUCAGAAUAUGAUCAUACAGAAUGCUCCAAAUGAUCUGCUGUCAUAUACAUCAAACGACAUAUCUAAAAUGAUUGAACUUGUUAAAGAAGCUUUGAUUAGGCUGACUACCAGUUCUUUAAGCCAAUUAAUGAUGAUACGAACUAGAAUAGGAUACUUAGAUCGAUUGACUGAUCGACUUUUGGAUUAUAGACGUCAAGCAGAACUGGCUAGAACAAGAGUUAGUCAGACACAAAAACUGAUCGAUAAAGCGUUAUUGGAGCAACAGGAGAAGACAACACAACUUGCACAACUCAAGAACUCUUGUAAGAAACUAGUUAGCUUCUUGGAGGAUGAACUGUCGAGGAUCUGCAAUCGCCAAGUGCAAAUAACUGGACAGUUUUGCGAUCUCUAA